GCCCUGCCUCUGCCCCGGUAUAUGGGCAGGCGCAGAGGUGGGGCUGAGAUUUCCCCCCCUAUCCCGCCCCCCCUUCCCAUCCUGUGAGCAUCCCAGGGCACGGGAGAGGCAGUGUCCCGAGUAACAGACCAGGGUUCCUUCAUCUGGAGAUGGGGAGGAAGCUGGACCUCUCCAAGCUGACCGAUGAAGAGGCCAAGCACGUUUGGGAAGUUGUGCAACGGGAUUUUGACCUGCGGAAGAAAGAGGAGGAACGGCUGGAGGAGCUGAAAUGCAAGAUCGACCAGGAAAGCAGCAAGAGAGAGUUCCUGACAAAUCAGUCCCACCUCAAUGAAACCCACUGUGUCCACUGCCUCCAGCCCUUCAAGUUCCUGCUGAACAGCAAGAGGCAGUGCCUGGACUGCAGCUUCUACACCUGCAAGAACUGCAGUCGCUACAACAAGAAGGAACAGGGCUGGGUCUGCGAUCCCUGCCGCCUCUCCAGGAUCAUGAAGAUUGGAUCCCUGGAGUGGUAUUAUGAACACGUGCGAUCCCGUUUCAAGAGGUUUGGAAGUGCCAAAGUACUGCAGUCCCUCUGUGGCAGGCUGCAGCCAGGGCAGGGCCUGAACUCCACGUUUCUAGGUCUUCAUGACAGAGUUUACAGUCUGCCAGACAUUAACAGUGAAUACCACCCCACCAAUGGUGGCACUGGGGAUGACAGUGAUGAUGAAGACAGUGUUCUUUGUGGAGCUGAAGCAGAGUGCUACAGCAGAAUGCGCAAGACAAAGCGCCUGCUGUCUGUCCAUCCCUUUGAUUUUGAACUGGACUCAGAGUACUCUGCACAGUCUCGCCGCCAGUCUGUGCAGCUCUCUCCAGCAGCCAGCAGCCCGGAUGUUUUCCAGUCCUUCUCAGAUUUCCCCAACUCAGUGGAAGAUGCUUCCCAGGAGUCCAGGAUCACAGAAGCAGGUCUGGUCUUCCACCACUUCUUGCAGGAAGAGGGAGCAGGAGUGAGCCCUCCGGAGCAGCAUUUCAGCACUGAGGUUCGGCUGACUGUCAAUGCACGAAGAAGGAGCCUGGAAAGAAAUGCAAAACCUGGCAGCCCCUGGAACGAGCAGCCCUGUGCCCGGUACUCUGCAGAUGUGGACACAUCUGAUGAGGACAUGAAGGGAGCCCAGUUCCAUGCCUACCCACCUCAUCACAUGAAACACCAGAAUAGAGCCUCUUCCCAGGAGAACGUCAGCUCCACUGGGAAUCAGAUUCAUGAGCUCCACAAACGCAUGUCCAAAAUUGAACGCAUGCUGAACCGCUUGGAGGAAAAAAUCCUGGUGCGCUCUGACGAGUCUCCAGCCCCAGGGUCUCCACUUGAUCUUGAUGCUGAGGAGGAGGAGUUGAAGAGAAAGAUGGAGGAGUUAGCCAGAAACAUCAGUGACAAAGAACUAUCUUCUGAAGAAGAAGACCAUGAAGAAAAGAGACCAAGGAAUCCUGAGGUGUACCUGACCGAUGGGAAGACCUACCAGUUUGAGGAGACCCUGAAGGAGCUUGAGGAAGGCACUCGGCACAGUGUCACUACUGACUCGGAGCUGUCAGAGCUGGAGGACAAAGUGGCCUCAGCAGCUUCACAGGUGCAGCAGGCAGAGAGAGAGGUAUCGGACAUUGAAUCUCGAAUUGCAGCUCUGUCUGCUGCAGGGCUGACAGUGAAGUCGAUGGAAAAGGCGAAGAAGAAGUCAAGUGGGCAGGUGAGCAUGGAGGCUGCCUGUCUCCACUCUCCCAGUCCCACCAGCAGCAGUCUGGGAGAGUCUUCGGAUGACAUUAAGGCAAUGCCAGGCCUGCAGGGGCUCAGGAGGAAGUUCCAUGGUCCCCUCGAAAUCCCUGGUCUCGAUGACUCCUUUGACCGCAACUCGGUUUACCGGGGCUCCCUGACGCAGAGAAACCCCAAUGGGAAGAACAGAAGGGUGGAGAGGCUCUUUGCGAAGCCUGUGAUGACCCACCUGUCCUGAGGAGAAGGGGACCCUCCUGCCACCGCAUUUCAUUGAUGAUACAAGACCUCAGCACAGACCCUCACCGCCUUCCCCCCAGUGCUUACUUUUCCUUCUUUCAUGCUCAUCACCCCCUGAAAUCCCAGACAGGAGGGAAGUUGAAGGACACGGGCAGGGGGUCCUCCCUGGAGCUUCCAGGGAGAGGACUGGGGUGUGGACAUGUGGCCAGGGGCUCUCAUGAGAGGAUGCAGGAUGAGACCCCAGCUUUGGACAGCCAAGGGGACCAUAGGGAUGCAGAGCAGGAGCCACCUCCUCAGGGGAUGCUGGACAUCAGCAUAGCUUUCCAGUGUGGGGACUUGGGAGCAGUGACAUGGCCUUCACCUGGCAACAGCUGUUGCAGCCUCUUCACUGGUCUCUCCCAGACUGGUUCCAAGUGGGACAGGAGCUGAUAGCAGGCACGGGAUGCCCUUGGGGUACCCAUAGAGCAGGGGCCAGGCACCUCAGGGAGGCAAGGCUUGUGGGAAGCAGUGGCAGGAAAGGUAGAAGAAGGCGGCUGGAGGGCUGGAUGGGGAUCAAAUUGUUUUUCCACCUCUCAAAAUAUUCACUCUUGCCUGCAAGGCUCUUCAGAAGGAACCCAGCAAGCAGAGCAUAGGUACUUCUCUGGAGACCACUGCUCUGCAGAGGGAAUGACCCAUACAGAGGGGCACUUUGUGGAAGAGCAUGUUCCCUCUCCCAGUCAGUCGCAAUCUCAGUCUCAGUCUCAAUAUCAAACUCUCUCAAUCCCCACCCAAUCCUUUGGAGGGGCUGUGAUGGCCUUUAGGAGCUAUAAUGGCCCUGGGGUCCUGCCAGGUGACAGCAGCAUUGGUAAUUCCCUCCCCCAGAAAUCCCAGACUGUUUUCCUCCAACAUUUAAAUCUGACCCCAGUAGACCAGAGGGCCUGGCUCUGUACCCAUAUUCAGGGUAUCAGGGUGAGGGAAGGUUUGCUUCCUCUUGCACAUCAGGUUUAUGUUAAAACAUUUUGCUGUGUACCUCCUGGUCCCUGUCCUUUACAGCCCCCACCUCCCUCCCUCAGCAGCAGGAGAUGCAGGGAGGAGCAGGGGUGUCAGCUGCAUGCUGGCAGCUUCACAUCAAUGGCAACCCAGACUGGACUAUUUUAGGCUAUUUAUGUGCAUCUGAACUAAAACCACUUUAAUUAUGAACAGUAGUGUGAAUUCUCAUGCAAGUAACAUGUAUGUUUGGUUUUGGUAGUAAUAGAGGCUGCUAGAAAUUGGUGCCCCAGUCAUCUCAAGAGCAGUCUUGUAAGGCCAUAGUCUCAGCUUCCCAGCUGGAAACAAAACCAGUUUCUUAUUUUAAAGUGAAAUCCUUCUGGCCUGAAGUUCCACAGGGUAAGUGCAAACUGUCUCAGACACCAGAGCCUUGCCAGGUGCAACUCUUGCUGCUCAGUUUGCCUCAGCGCUAAGAUGGCAGCUCCUUGGCUGGCAAAAGGAAGCUCCACCAAGACCUGGGCAGUGCCAUGGGCUUGCACCUACCCCUCUGGUAUCAGAGUCAGCCUUCAUCCCAGCUGCACCUCUUGGAUCUCUUGCUUCAGCCAUAACUCAAGUCCUUCCACACAACCACUCGAAUACUUGACCCUCUGAGAAAGUCCUCACCCUAUGUCUCAGCAGUGCAAACUCAAGCUCAAGCUGUAGCCACCCAGGUUGUUAUUUUACAGCUCUCUGCCCCCUCUGCCUGUGUAGAGAUCAUAUAUAUGUACAGUAAAUCCUGCAAUAAAGCCAAUUUUGUAGCCAGGACCUCAGAGCCGUUUUGCAG